AUGCUGGAGCACAUAGAUCACUUUGAUAAUCUUUGUGAUUCCUAUGGAGUUUUUGACUUUGAGAAGAAGAUGAUGCUAUUCAGCACAUCACUAGCUGGACCAGCACUAGAUUGGGCGCAGCAUGAGCCACUCUCUACAAUCGAGUCAUGGAUCGAUUUUAGAGAAGCUUUCUUGGAAAGAUUUGCAAGACCACCUUUCAAAUCCAAGUACUACCACUACUCUCAUCAGCUGGAGAGAGAGCGUGAUGAAGAAGAAUGGGGAGGCAUACCACCUCAUCCUGAACUUUGCCAUGACUAUGGACUUGGAGACAACCCCAAGAAGAUACAACUUUUCCAACUAUCUCUAGCUGGACAAGCCAAAGACUGGGCUAAGUUCAAUGCCCAACAUGCUUUCAAGACUUGGAAUGGAUACAAAGGAGCUUUCCUCACAGAUUUGCUAAGGGUCCUGUUUAUGUUCCACCACCACGCCCAAGCUAUUCACAACACCAUCCAUCAUCACCAGACAUAA